UAAGCGAUCGCAGUCUCGAGUCGUUAUUCUGAAGCAGUCGAUUGAGCGCGUUGGUGUGUCGUAACUUAUUAGUUGAUUGUGUGCGUAACGUGUCGCGUUGAUUGCGAGUUGCUAAGCUGAAUUGCACCGUGUUGAACAUUUAUAACCUGCUAGUAUCCUAUGCUAGUAAGCUUUAGUGAAAGGACUUUUAAAAUUUUUGAAGAAAACAUUAAAAAUAAUAAAAUGGGUGUAUCUGACCACGCCACACCUGAUGUACAACUCCACGAUCCCGAGCGGCCACGGUCAGGGAACAGCGCUGAUGAUGAGGAUCUGCCUAGGAGGAAGCAGAGGAGAUACAGAACCACCUUCACCAGUUACCAGCUCGAUGAGUUGGAGAAAGCCUUUGGGAGAACGCAUUACCCUGAUGUAUUCACUAGGGAAGAGCUAGCACUGAAAAUUGGCUUGACUGAAGCAAGAAUACAGGUGUGGUUCCAAAACCGGCGGGCAAAGUGGCGUAAGCAAGAGAAGGUCGGGCCACACGCUCAUCCGUACAGCGGGUACAUGAGCGGACAGCCGCUACCCGCUCCCGCUACACUUCCCCCGCCGCCGCAUCCGCUGUCACAACUUGGCUUCAGCUUGAGGAAGCCCUUUGAUAACGCUUUGGCGUCUUUCAGGUACGCCAGCUCUCCAUUAUUCGGUGCACAAUACUUGCCGUCUCUAUCUCGACCGCCGCUGUUCGGGGCCCCGCUAUACGCUACAUCGCCCGCUCACUUCCACUCUCUGUUCGCCAACUUGACCGCACCCGAACCGCUCCGACUAUCCCCUGAACAAUUAUCUGACUCUAGAUUAGAGCAUUUACGUUUCUCGCCCAACAGACCCCGCUCGUCUGAAGAUGCAAGAUCACCAGCUCCUUCUGUCUCCCCCCCUAUUUCCCCGGGAAGUGAAUCUGUUCCAGUUGAUGACGUCACCAGCUCUAGUAUCACAGCGUUACGGUUAGCGGCUAGAGAGCAUGAGAUACGGUUAGAGUUGUUAAGACAGGGUGCUGAUUUGAUUUGUCAAUAAAUAGCUUAGUUACUUAACCAUGGUUUAAUAAUGAUUAUUAUUUUCAACACCGGAAUAUCUGGACUGUUAUUUAUCUCUAUCAAAUUGAUUUGGUUAAUGUUUAGUUAUUUUUAAUGUUAAUUUUAAUUCUGUAGCAAAGGCAUGUAUUUUGUGUCUGUGUAUUUAAGUAAAUGUUUCAAACACUUUUACAGUUUCAGUUUAAAUAUAGAAUCUAAGAAUUUUACUGUGUUUGAGUGUUGUUCUAGAAGUGCCUUAAUCUAGAUAUAUAAGCACAAUCAUAUGAUACUAUCUGAGUUAAAAUAUCUUUACAUCUCAAUAUAUUGUUUUUUUAAUAAAAAAAACCUGUACGAUUACAUUCAUUAAGAGUGGCCGUUAUAUUAAUUACGCAAAAGAGGAGUUUUGUGUUCACAAUUCUACUUUAUUUUUUUAAAUAUUAAUAAUAAGAAACUGUCAGUGAAAAUAUUAUCAAAAAUUAGCCUGACCGAUUUGGUGGAAUUUUUGGUAAAACUACGUUUACGAAAGCCUCGCAUAGUUUAAGCUUUCAAUCAACUGUAUUUAUAAACUUACCAGAAAGGCCAAGCCCGUUUUCACUGAUCUUUGAUGACGCUUUGAUUGAGAGUUAAUUUGCUCUAACAAAUUCGACGGUUUUAGAUGAUUUUAUAAAUAUAGUUAUAAAUAACACUAUCGUUAGUCAUCUGGUAUUUGUGUUUCCUAUUGGGCCUAUCCUAUUGGGAUGGAUAUUUUUAUACAUUUUGUUAUGAACAGUUUCCACACUGCGUCGAUGCCUUCACAAAUAUCAGCGCUGCCGUAUCGAGCUCUUAAUGGUAUUACAUUAUCUACUAGAAGUAUCUCAGUAGGAAUAUCCAAGUAAUAAAUAUUAAAAUAUAAAAUAAAUGCAACCGGUUCACCGAUACCAUCGCGUGGCAAUGUUAGCUUUUGUUGGCGCAACUCAUACCGAUAUAAUUGUCAUCAAAGCUAUAAUAUACCAGUGUCGUGUCGAUAACGUUAUCGUCUGAUUUAAAAACAGCUAUUGCAUAAGAUCAUUUGCUCUAGUGACCACUUAGGCACUAUGUAGUAAAACGCAUUCCAAAAUAAAUGAAAAUAGUAGUAAUUCCAACACUAUUUCACAGCUGUUAUUAUUCAAAUAAUUCCAGUGUUUUUUUGCAAAUAGAGUAGUUAAAGCAAUCACGAACGAAAGAACUUGCCAUCGUUCACCAAGUGUUCUGUGGGAGUGCCCACCAGACUCUUACUCUUCGUAACCCCCAUCGCCUAUCUGGUCAUAAAAACUAUUUGAUAAAUCCAUUUCACCAAUGAGAAAGAUUGCUCAAAAUUAAAUAAUUUUAGUGAAAUCGGGCUUAUAAAUAAAAUGCAAUUAUCGCAAAUAAUUUACGUGGUGAUUUCUACAUAAACGUAGACUAUAUUAUGUAUUUAUAGUUUUAAGUUUUAAAAAACAGAUGUCUGAGUAGAAUUUCCUAUAUACAAAUUUGAUUAAGUUAUCGAAUUACCUUAAUCCGUCCAGUGUUACUGUAAUUACUUUGAUUAUUAUUUAUAAAUAAAAUUGAUUUUGUCAUAGA